AGGUAUCUUAUUAGAUCUUUCUUUCGCAAUAACCCUAGUCUCCAUUCUUCGGUAUAAUGUUGUUCAAGUCCGUCACCGCUGCUGCCCUGCUGGCUUACACAGCUGCUGCCCGUUAUGUUCUCCCGCGAGCAGACGGAAACUCUACGAGGCUUUGCGGUACCCCCGAGCCUACCGAAGCCCAAAUCGCUGCUUCCCAGGUUAUGCUUGCAAAGGAGCGGGAAAUGCGUGCCAAGGGCGAAUCCCGGGCCCUCAGAUCGUUCAGCGUGAACACCUACUUCCACGUCGUAGCGGCGUCUACGUCGCUCGACGAUGGUUACCUUACCCAACAAAUGAUUGACGACCAGCUUGACGUUAUGAACGCGGACUACGGUGUACAUGGCAUUACGUUCAACCUGGUUAGCACGGACUGGACCAUAAAUCGAAGCUGGGCUGGGGAUGGGAACGAAAUUGCGAUGAAGAGGGCGCUUCGCAAAGGCACCUACUCUGACCUCAAUAUUUAUUUCCUUGGCGAUCUCGGCGGUGGAUUGCUUGGGUACUGCUAUUUCCCAGACAACGUUGCUGAUGGAUCGACGGAUUUUUACCUCGACGGCUGCACCGUACUAGCGAAUUCCGUCCCUGGGGGUAACGCUGCCCCCUACAACCUCGGGGGUACGGUUGUCCACGAGGUAGGACACUGGAUGAAUCUCUUCCAUACCUUUCAAGGAGGCUGCAACGGCGGAGAUUCGGUAGACGACACUCCUGCCCAAGCUUCUGCAACGAGUGGAUGCCCAAGCAGCCGUGAUUCCUGCCCCGGCGGUGGUGUUGACCCCAUUCACAACUACUUAGACUAUUCUGACGAUAUCUGCUACGAAGAAUUUACCCCCGGGCAAGAGGAUCGCAUGUAUAGCGCGUGGUCUACUUACCGUUCUUAAAGGAUAUGUGUUAAUAUUCGUCGAAAGACUUGGGGGAAGUCUUUGCCGCACAGUCUAUUGAUGAGAUGGUGAGGAUGUGUGAUGUGCUAGUAAUUAUGACAGGGAUGACUAAUCUGAUAGUUUUGACAUGACCAGGGUCACAUGACUGAUGCUAUGUGGGUCCACAUAAGGUUCUCACAUGUACCUAGGUACUCAAUCCCUCACCUUAGCAGCUUAGAUCUUCCCUCAGAAUAUCUUCCCUCAGAAUACUAUGUCACCUUAGGUACCAGUCAGUAUGUUAAUAAAGCCAGAGAUCAUUUUCAAUUCGGCUCUAGUAAUCCAAUGUUCAACUUGUACCUACUAGGGAAUUAAUUUAUCUAUAAUCUUGUCCAGGA